CAUAUUGAUAAGCCGUUAAUUGCACAUGUUUUUACCCCUAUUCUGGAGCCGUUUGAGAUGGUAAUUCUCGUGUUUUAGGCCGAUUUCACGCUAGGUUGUGUUUGUUUAUGAUAUUUCAGGUCCUAGCAAGUGAAUGAAGGUUUAGGAGCGAGUUCGGGGUCGAUUGGACGAAGAUCGGGCGCGAGGCAAGUCAAAAAGGAAGCCACACGGGCACACACAGAAGCCACACGGCCGUGCAAGUGACCAUUUUGGCCGUGUGGAAUUAUGCGAGCCUUCACACGGCCAACCCUCAUAUUCACACGGCCAGCCCUGAUAUUCACACGGCCGUGUGAAGUUGCAUUUUGGCCGUGUGGAUUUCUGCGAGGCUUCACACGGCCAGGCUGGGUGAGCUGCACGGCCGUGUGACCCUGGCCGUGUAGGAAGCCUGAAGUGCUAUUAAUCGGAACGCGGCGUUUUGACCUCACACGGGCAACUGGGUAUGCCACACGGCCGUGUGGCCCUGCCCGUGUGAGUCGGGAAUUUCUGGUUUUUACCCAAUUUCGGGCUGCAAGGGAGAGAAUCGAGUUUUGAGAGCAAAAACAGAGCCCUAGAGAGAGAAAGUACGAAGAACACAUCCUAGAAGCUAUCUUGGAGCUGGGUUUCAUUAAAUGAAGCUUGGAGAUCGUCAUAGGAGUGGAAAUCAUCAUCCCAGAGCAGAUUUUCCUCAUCUUUAUGAGUAUGACUACUCUGUAUUCUGUUUUCCUCUCUCUCUCUAUGGAGUAGAACCCUUCUCUCACUUGUGUAUGAAGAACCCUAGUUCUAUGUGUUAGGGAUUUGAUUGUAAUGAGUUGGGAUGAUAUUACUGCUUGGUUUUAAUCGAAUGAUGCAUGUUUAUUGAGUCAAUUGAAGCCUGAUCUGCUUUUCCUGAUUUCUGCUGCAACCUGAGAUAGAUAGAAUCUGAUUAGGUUGUUAGAGCCUCAUCAUUCGGGAGUAGGAGAUUGGCUAUACGAGAGUUAGCCAGUUUACUGCUUUGUACUGGAAUUCAAUUCCAGUAGUGGAGUUCUGUUCUUACUGCUUCAGCUUUCUAUCCCGGUGAAGACUAGUCAUCUGCCGGGUAGUUAGUCUGAGAGGGCUUGGUCAGCUUAAGAGAUUCCAAGCUACUGUCGGAUCUUUCGCACUCUAAUCAACAGUAAAUCAACCCCGGGAAAUUACAAUUGAAACCUAACUAAGGAGCUAGGGGGACUCAUUCCUGAGUGACUCUUCUUUGCUUGAGAAAACCGUACCAAUUCCUGCUUUCUUUCUGCUUUUGCUUUAAACAACAACCACUUAACUUAGUUGGCUAGAUAAUAGAUAAUCACUGAGUAAGCAGUAGAUCUAGACCCCGGGUUGAUAAUAUAACUUGCCACUUUACAGCAUUCCCGGUCUGCGAUUACACAUGGUCGCAGAUUGGUGUUGUGUUUUGGAGUGUCAAGUUUUUGGCGUCGUUGCCGGGGACCCUCUAAGUUAUUGGGGAAACGUGAAAGUCUGUUACUUUAGCUUUUUUCUUUUCUUUUCCACCCUUGCUUUUCACUUGGGUGUUAUGUUUUUGUCGUUGCAGCUCUGAAACAUGGAUCCUCAUGGCUUCUCCAACCAUUGGGGGUAUCAACCACCAUCCGUGUGGUAUUACCCCGAGACUUUCUGGAGCAAUCAAGGAGGAGAAGACUAUGGAUUCGAAUGUCAGUACCAACACCCCUUCUACGGAGAACAACCAAACCCUUGCGAACCUCAAGGACAAUAUCCUUUUCAAGAAGAGUUCCUGCCACAACCAGAGGGGCCAUCUGAGUUGGAGUUAGCCAUGGAGGCCUUCACGGGUUACUCUGCAGAGCCAUGCUACACUUCACUGGAAGAUCCGAACAAACAAUUAAGGCUUCUCGUGGAGCAGUUUGCUCGAGACACUGAGAGAGCAUUCUCCAAGAUGGAUCUUCAAAUCCAAGCCCUUGCCUCUUCCGAUCCCUCAUUUCUCCAUGAUAUGGAGGAGACUGUUCAGCGCUCAGCGAAGCAAACAGAGUGGGUGGAGCAAGUUUGCUCACAUCUUGCUCAAGAUCACUUUUCUGCUACCACGCUAGAAGAGGUGGAGGACGACAAAGGCUACGGGAGCGUUGUGGAGCAUACAGAAUUUAUCACAGAGAACACCCAUGAUAGUCAUGAUCAGGAAAGUCCUUUGGUUGCAGAUCAAACCUUUCCUCAUUUAUGCUCUAACAUGUUGGGCCCGUGCGAGGAGAUGCAAGAUGAUCCCACUGAAGAAAUUGCUUGGCCACUUGCUCUCCAAUUUUUUCUAGAAGAAGAAGAGCGAGCAAGGAUGAGGAAGGAAGUUGUGGAGGAUGAGGAAGAAAGAAAAGAAGAGGUAGUUCUUGAUCUUUUCCAAGGGGAGAGACCACAUUUUGAAGAAGGAAGGGGGGUUGAGGAAGCAAUUGGCGUCCAGGCUGAGGAUGAAGUUGAGGUGGAAGAGGCUUGCACAGGCCCUAUGUUACAUUUAAUAUCUCCACCAAACUUCAAGGAGCUGCUUGGUAAGGACCCAUUUGUAGUGUCUCUUGGCCAGACCAAGGCUACAUCAACAUCGAUCCCUCUUGGUGGAUGCGAUGGUGGUCAAUCGAAUAUAUCUUAUCUGGUUUGGGGCAAUGAGACAAGAGCAGACGCGAAGGAGAGGUCUCGAGAGGGGAGACUUCAUCUUCCUCAAGGCCACGAGCCAUCUUCAUCACCUAUCACAUCACAUGCUCGUGACUUGAGACUCCACCUCAUUAAUGAGAACAUCAACUUCAAGGAGGUUCUAGGAUGGACCGAAACUUAGGAGCCACCGUCCGGCUCACGAUGAUAAAGAAGCGCUUGUGGGGAGGCAACCCCACCUAGGUUUGCAUUUUCUUACCUUUUUCCUUUUGAUUUUUUGUGUUUUUUGAGUCUUGGCGACGAGUAGGCUGUACUUGUCGCCCCUCAGUGUGUUUUUGUUUUAGACUUUUUUCUGUUUGCUCCAUGUGUUUGAGGAGCUUGAACUGAGUUUGUCGUGUGUUUUGUUUCUUUUCUUUUGUGGAUUGUGCUUUUGUGGCCAUCUGGGCCAGCUCUGAUCCCUAACGAACAUGUGCUAGUGUGUUCUUUUCGUUCCCUUAGUGCAGAACUGUCCGUUCGUUCCAUAUGUCCACGCUGACUGGUCCACUUCCAGUCUCCCGCAGCAUUUCAAUCCGGUAACAUCGUUCCCCUUCUCUAUCCCUCUGCUCCAUUGAGGGCAAUGUCGUGCUUAAGUGUGGGGGGGGGGGGGGGUGCUUUGUAUCGGUUCGAAUGUAUAUACGUGUGCUUGGAGCCUAGUCCACUGUCCAAAUCUCGAGAUUUGAGGGCUCCAAGUACGGCUGUUUGAUUAUAUUGGCACUGUGUUUUGAUUGGUGAAUUGAAUGGUUUUCGGAUUAAUGCAUGACAACUGGAUGGUGAUUAGGACAACCUAUAAUGAUGACUGAGACGUGCAGUAGAAUUGUGUAGGGUUCAGAUUUUCAACUGUUUGCUUACCAACUGUGACUUGGAUUGAUUACUUGUUGUUGACAGUCUCUUAUGCAUCUAGUUCAGGGAAUCAGAAUGAGAGAUAGAGCAUAUAGGUAGCCAUGUGAGAUUUGAGACUGCUCGUUUCUUUCUUGUGCGAUAGUUCCCUCUUCUAUGAUGUGUAGCAUUCACGUUGUCAUUAGCUAAGAUGAUGGAGGCAUAGGAUUAGCCCACGACCAAAUUGACUGUCCUGGUGUGUCAUACCCCCUAGUCAGCCCCUUUGAGCCGUGUGAUUAUCCUUUCUUUCGGUCUUCAAUGAAAAGUCACCCUUUUG